UAGAUCUGCAGAAGUGAGCGAGUAGCGAAGUCGACAAGAGGGCGGCGAUUGCCCGGUGUUCGAUGCGGUGCUUCGUACUGUGCCCCGCGCUGUCGGGACUGCUAACAUCAUGGCUGGUUUUUCUCUCAACACAUACAGUUUAUGGAGACGAACUGAACGGUGUUACGUUGCAGCUGACGGGCCUAGGGGAAAUACGCGGAACCCUAAAUAUUUCAGCCUGGACAAACAGAACCAUUUAUCAGUUCCAAGGAAUUCCAUUCGCCAAACCGCCGGUCGGAAAUCUCAGAUUCAAGCCACCAGAACCAGCGGAACCCUGGAACGGAACCCUGGACGCCACUAAAUUUGGAAGGAAAUGUCCCGUAAUCCGCAGGUCACAGCAUGAAUUUAUGAAAGAAUGGGAUUCACACGCAAAGACUGAAAACAUAGAGGACUGUCUCAAUCUGAAUGUGUACACUCCGCACCUUCAGAAUGAAAGUUUAGGACUUCCGGUCAUGGUAUAUAUCCAUGGAGGUUCAUUCAGAGUGGGUUCUGCUCAAGAGUUUUGGCCUAACUACCUGUUAGAGAGAGAUGUUGUGCUGGUCGUUCCACAGUAUCGACUGGGACCUUUGGGUUUCCUGUCACUGCAGACGGAGGAUGUGCCCGGCAAUGUGGGUUUGCUGGACCAGGUCUUGGCUCUGCGCUGGAUACAGAAGUACAUCACACAAUUCGGAGGAGAUCCCGGCCAGGUCACCGUUUUCGGACAAAGUGCCGGAGGGGCUGCUGUGACCCUCAUGCAAAUCAGUCCUCUUGUUGACAAGAGUUUCUUUACAGAUAUAUAUGACAUGAUUCUGCGACAUUACAAUCUUCUACACGACAAGGACUACUUGAAGCACAACCUGACUAGAGCAACUUUGAAAUUCAGUGGAAUUGAAGACCCAACUGGCAUGGUGUCAGACCUUCUAAAUGAGAAAUACUUCCACCCUGAUAAAAUAGGCGACUUCAAAGCCAUGACACCUGGACUCAUUGACAUCUGUGGUGUUGCAUUGCUGAAGGCUGCAACAUUUCGGUCAGUGCUGGAGAACUCGCGGCAACAGCCCAGUUAUCUUUACUCUUUCAACUACUAUGGGGAACAUACCAAGUUUGGCUAUGGAGAAGACACUGAUUAUCCUUUUCCUGGAGGCGUGGCUCACUCUGAUGACCUAAUCUACCUGUUUCCACAGCCUGACGCUGUACUCAACAAAGAAGAUAGAGUCAUCUCACGUACAAUGGUAGAUCUGUGGACUAAUUUUGCCACAUACACUGAUCCUGCACCAGCUGAUUAUGUACCAUCUUGGCCUCCAGUGCGUACAGAGACAGGGCCAUAUCUUAGGAUUGACAGGAUAUCAGAAGUUCGAAAGAAUUUCCUUGAGGAGUACACAAUAGCGAUGACAGAAGGUCUAGGUCCUUCCAAGGCAGCACUGAAAAGAACAUCAAUUCUGACAUUAUUUUUGUGGUUUGUCAUAACACUACAGGUCCAAUAAACUCUGUAAUUUAUA